UUAUUGGAGCUGCAGCUGCCCCAGUGCUUCCUCCUGCAGAGGUAUAAAGCCUUCCUGCUGAUGGGAGGAGUAACACCGGAGCGCAAGCCUGAAAAACUCGUUUAAUCCAGUCUGCUUUCCUGUCAGCCGGAGCGCCAGCUGAGCAGGACGCCCGAGACACUGCGCCGAGUCUGGGAUGGCUGCUGACCGGAGAGACGCUCCUGAGAGCCGGCUGGAGAGGAGCAGCCACACGGCGUUCAUCCACAACAACACGCUGUACGUGUGGGGGGGCUAUCAGGUAGCUGCUGGUCAGGAUGUCAUACUGCCCAGCGAGGAGAUAUGGCUGUGUGAUUUAGACAGCGGGAAAUGGGAACAUAAGGAGAUAACUGGAGAUGUUCCUUCAGACUUGUCAGGUUUCUGUGGCUCUAAUAUUAACAGCCAGCUCUUCAUCUUUGGAGGAUGUGACUCUGCAGGAUACUCAAACCAGAUAUUCAGAGCUGACGUCUCUCAGCUGAGCUGCUCCUGGAUCAGAGUGACGGACACAAAAGGAACAACACCUUCACCUCGUGACAAGCACUCCUGCUGGGUGCACAGAGAAAGGUUAAUCUACUUUGGUGGAUAUGGAUGCAAGACGAUUGGAGAAGUACGGAACACCUCCUCAUCCAGCUUCACUGUGGAGGAAAUGUCUUGGGCGACUAUUGGAGACACUUUAUUUCGCUGUUGGGGAUGGAACAAUGAGGUCAAUGUGUUUGAUCCACAAUCCUCCACAUGGAGCAAACCUGAAACUCAGGGUCCGGCUCCUGCUCCCAGAGGAUGUCAUGCCAGCGCCCUGCUGGGGAGCAAAGGCUACAUCACCGGUGGAGCGGAAACGGCAGAAUUGGACAUUUUCUGCUUGGACCUUGAGACCUGGACCUGGACUCAAAUUGACUUCCCUCCGUCUCGUGCACCUCUGGGGCGCUCCAUGCACACGAUGACAUCCACAUCGGACAAAAACCUUUUCAUUUACGGUGGCCUUGGCAUUGAUGGUAACACCCUGAACGAUGCUUGGCAGUUUAACACUCAGAGACGGGAGUGGACGAAAGUGAUACAUCCACACAAGGACAAACCCAGGGUUUGUCACACUGCCUGUUUGGGGAGUGAUGGUGAUGUUGUGGUGUUUGGUGGAAGCAGCAAUCUCUGCAUCCUCGUGGACUCGCUGGCAGUUCUGAGAGCUCCGUCACCAAAUCACUGCAGGGACAUUCUCAUCUUUCAGACCAGGCCGUACUCUCUCUACAGACUCUGUGAGGAUUUCAUCGCAGGAAACUCUCAGCUGUUCAGACUGCCGCUCGACUUGCUGCCUUCAAAACUUGGCAACAGAAUCAACAAAAGGGUUUCAUUUUUCUCUGCUAUGACUCCACUUUUACAAAAUGAAGAAAUGUUUUACAGCAACAAAUAACCUGAGCCAGUUAUUUUGUUAGUGUUCAUAAUAACUUUAAAAGACUUGGUGCUAAGUUUUUUAAUUUUUUUUUUAAAAACUCCUAUAGUUUGUAAAUAAAGUUUGUAGGUUUUAACUCUUUAAGUUUUAAUUAAGGUGAUUCUGAUUUUGAAUAAAGUUGCUGGUGUUUA